AUGGAGGUGAGCAGUACGCAAGGCUCGGCAGAGCCACUCAGCAGUAUGUCAAGUGAUGUUUCUGGUUUGAACUUCCCAGUCGUCAAACGUCAACGCAUGUCAGACACCCAACAAGACGCGAUUGCAGCCCAUAUCUAUAAUGCUUCGCAAACACCCUUCAAACCAGGUGCCAUCAAGCGUAUUCGUAUGAUCAAUUUCAUGACGUAUGAGGACUGCGAGUAUCACCUGUCACCUGCGCUCAAUAUGGUGAUUGGUGCGAAUGGAACGGGUAAAUCAAGUGUGGUGGCCGCCAUCUGUGUUGGCCUUGGCUUCAAGGCGGACUUGAUGGGUCGUUCGGAUGUGGAAGGUAUGGUGCGGCACGGUUGUGACGCGGCGACGAUUGAGAUUGAGCUCAAGGCGCAUACGGAUGAGGAAGAAGAUCCGGUGAUUCGACGACACUGGACGCGCGGUACAGGCGACGGCAACAAGAGUAAGACUGAAUGGCACAUUUCUGGUAAAAAGACAACACACAAAGCUGUCAUGGAUCUCGCGCACUCGUAUCGCGUACAGAUUGACAACUUGUGUCAAUUUCUACCACAAGACAAGGUCAAGAAGUUUUCUGGCUUGACUCCGGAAGAGCUGUUGCCUCAAACGCUCCGUACUAUUGGGGAUGGCACACAAGCCGAUGUUCUGGAGAAGCUCUGGAAGGAUCAGGAUCUUCUCAAGUCCUCGUUAAAGGUAAAGGAACAGAAUGAAGCGGCACUCAAGACACUCGAGAGUCAACAGGCCUCUGCCCGGAACGACGUCAACCUAUUCCUGGAGCGUAAAGAGCUCGAGCGAAAGGUCGAGUUGCUCAAGUUUCAACUUCCUCUCAUUCGCUACGAGGAAAUCAAGCGUGACAAGGAAAUAUUAAAGGUCAAAGUCACUGAAGCUAGGGAUCGUCUCAAGCGUCUUCGUGAUGAGGCUGCACCGCUUGAAGAGCGUCGUGGUGAACUCGAGCACAUGGCUGGGAAAGCCUCUCGCAUUGCCAAGAAAUCGCAGCUCGAGUACGACAACAGGGCCAAGCAGGUGGCCAGUCUUGCAGACCCAAUCAAGGAUAUUGAGGAUGUCAUGAAAUUGCUACAGAACAGACGCAAGCAAGAGCAAACGAAACAAAAAGGUCUUGCUGAGAAGAAGAAGAAAAUGCGAGAGGAAGUUGCCAAAGCGACGCGUCAGCUUGGUGAGAAGCCAGACGUCCAGGAAGACCUUGGGGGUGUGAUUGCACAAAUUGUCGCCACCAAUGAAGCUAUUCGCGAUACCAAGACUGAGUUUGAGGAGCUCAGCGUGAAAAUAAAAGAACUCGAACGACACAUUUCGCGAAACGAGCAGCAAAAGAAUGACAAGUAUGAGCAGCUCAAGAAGUUUAGCGAUGUCAGAUUACAGCGCUUGAAUAUGCUGCAAAACGUCAAUCGUGAUGCCGCAGAAGCUGCGAGAUGGCUUGCCAAGAAUAAGGACAAGUUUGAGCAUCCUGUUGCGGGUCCUGUCUUUCUCGAUGUUGAGAUUGCCAAUCCACAAUUCAAGGUCAUUGCUGGUAUCACGUUGCAACGAUCACAAGCCAUGUUUGUUUGUGCGUCCAAGAAGGACUACAGACUCUUCAAUGAACUGCUCGUGGAUGGCAAUGCCGCUGGUAGACGCUUACACUUGCAAGUGGUGGAGUUCUCUGAGACGACUGCACCAACAGUGGCGCGUCACCCACUGCCAGUGCCACGUGAAGAACUUGGCAAGUACGGAUUUGACUGUUACUUGAUUGAUUGUUUGCGUGGUCCCAACUUGCUCCUCAAUGCACUCUGUCAUACUGCCAAGAUUCAUCGUACCCCGUUGGCAGCGAACUCCUUGACGGCAGCACAAGAAACAGCCGUGCAAGAAGCACAGUCUGGCGGGAAACCCCUCUUUGACCGCUUCAUCUGUGGCAACUAUGAGACAAGAGUGACGCGUAAUUAUGGUAAGUUUCAAACAGCAACGGAUCCGGUGUUUGCAGGAGACAGAUCAAAAUGGCAUACCGGCACGUCGGGUGAUCAAGAUGCUCGAAAACGCGCUGUUGAGCAGGAACUUAGGGAGUUGACUGCUGCGAUUGAAGAAGCCAAAGCUGAGAUUGAAACGCUGCGUCCACGAUACGAUGAGUUGAAGGAAGCAAGUCAAGCGUCUGAUCAGGCGAAAGCUGCUCUUUCAAAAGAACGUGAUCGUCUCAAGUCGCGAAUGCAGACAUGGAAUAAGAUGUUUGAGACGUUGGAGCAUCGCAAGAAGAUGUUGGAUGAGUUGGAGCAUGCUCCAGAGACAUACCAGUCGGCCAUUGCAGAGAUCAAGGCGGAGCAGGUGGAAGUCACUGCUCGAGCGGUCGAACAGGCCUUGCUCCUUCAGAAAGCAGUGUUGGAGGUUGUUGAGAUGAAUGAGAAGAAUGUCCUGCGACAGGCCAGUGCCCUCCAAGCACAAGCCAAUCUACGCGCCUUUACAGACCAUACGCGUGCAAGGCUCAUACAAUGCGAGCAGGCUGAAGAGGCAUGGACGACACUCAAGGACCAGCAUCGUAAGAUGGUUGCUGAAGCGCGUCAAAUCCAAGAUGAUGCACACAAGUUAUUGGAUCGAUUGACACCGCAACAAAGAGAGGUUGUGUCCAACUUUGACUUGCGCGAAACGCAAGAGAGUAUUGAACAAAAGAUUGAUGAGGCAGAGUCCUUGCUGCAGCACAUUAGUGUGCAAGCUGGCGAUACGGUUGAAAAGUUUGAGGCGCGUCAGGCACAGAUUGAUGCGCUCAAGAAGCAAGUGAUUGAGGAACAGGAAAUGUGCGAAGCUGCAUUGGCCAACAUUGCUCGCAUUGCUGGACCCUUCAAGCAAAACCUGGAGGCUAUGGUGCGUGAUAUUGACAAGCAAUUUUCUGCUUCCUUCAAAGCCAUCAGGGGUCGUGGUGAUGUCAAACUCAAGUGCCCUGAUGAUGCGUACAAGGAGUGGGCACUUGAGUUGUAUGUUGAGUUUUACGAAUCUUCUGGAUACAGCAAGCUCAAUGGAACGCGUCAAUCAGGUGGUGAGCGUGCUGUCUCCACCGUCUUCUUCCUGAUGGCUUUGCAAAGUCUCACUACAGCACCAUUUCGGGUUGUGGAUGAAAUCAAUCAAGGUAUGGAUCCACGCAAUGAACGGCUGGUACAUGCACGGAUGGUAGCGGCGAGCUGCGAGGGUGAGAACCUGUCGCAGUACUUUUUGAUUACGCCCAAGUUAUUGCCUGGCCUGCGAUAUCACAGGCUGAUGAAGAUUCAUUGUGUCACGAGUGGGAAUUUGGGUCAGCGAUCAAACAAGAUGCGUGGUCAACGGUACUUGCAGGCUCUCAAGCGGCGUGCUGAGCAGAUGCAGGAGAAUUGA